AUGAACAUCAAGAACCUAAUCAUGGGAGAUCAACAUCAAUUAUCGAGGGUUUUCGACCUACCGAGCGGGAAGAACCGAAGAGUCAAAGCACAGCCUCGUGCUAAAAAUUAUAACCAAGUACAACCAAUAUCCUUAGGCCAACAACGGCAUAGUACUUCAAAUGGGGCUGGUGAAGUUAAAACAUCAAUGACAGAUAAAGAAAAGACAGAGCUUUUGCAACGAAUAAUAGAGGAUAGUGGACAAUCACACCCCUCAGGGAUGAGAGAGUUUAUUCUUGGGUGUUUUCAGCUUGCAGAACACAACAAUUUCGACCAAAGGUCAAAUGUGGUUUUGGUUCAACAACUCAAGGACCUGGUCGGUAAAGCAUAUGUGGAAAAAAAAGAAUAUGUCAAUGACUGGUGGUCACAGACCUUGCCUUGUCUGACAAAAAAUCACCUUGAGCUGCGGCUUGUCUGCGACAGAGUUAAUCCACCGCCAGUGGGUCAUCGGCCGCUUCCACCUCCGCCGCCACCACCUCCAGCAUCCCUCCCCGAAAAGACGCCUUUACCACCAAAGAUGAAGGGCAAAGUGUCUAAGCCGGUUCAGCCAAAGAAAGUUUUAUCGUCAACGUUAACAAAAAUGAAAGAUUCAAAAGAAGCCGAAAGAAGGAAAAAGCGUAUGGAAAGGUUUUCUGACACGUCUAAUAAUACUAAGAAGAACAGGAAUGAUUCCGAUGAAAAUUUUGCGAAUUUGAACGCAAUUUCCACUAAUUUCUACAAGUUUGACAAAAACAAGCCGGUAGUUGGCCGAUGCCAAACUCUUGAAAAGAAAUAUUUGAGGCUAACUUCCGAGCCCAAACCUGAUCUUGUACGACCUUUGAAUGUACUAAAAAAGGCCUUUGAACUAAUUAUGCGGAAGCACAAGAACAAAGAAGCGUCAUAUUCGUAUUUGUGUGACCAGUUCAAAUCUUUACGACAAGAUUUACGAAUUCAAAUUAUAGAGAAUCAAUUCACUCUUAAAGUUUAUCAAACACAUGCCAGACUUGCUUUGGAGAACAAUGAUAUUGGAGAGUUCAAUCAGUGCCAGAGCCGGCUUGGGCAGCUUUUUGAGCUUCCAAAUAUUACGAAAUCCAACUUGGAGGAAUUUGUUAAUUACCGGAUUCUUUAUUAUCUCAUGAUGAACAACCACAAUUCUGUCAACGAGCUAAAACUAAAAUACUUAGCCGCUGAAAAUCUUGCUGUGUACAGGCACCCGGUAGUGCGACACGCUCUCGAAAUGGCCAGGUCACUCUUGGUGGGUGAUUACCACAGCUUCUUCAAGCUUUAUUCAAUGACGUCUGGGCCUUCGAAGUGUCUGGUAAACACCUUCAUAAAUCGCGAAAGGCUUCGAGCUCUCGACACAAUUUCAAAAAGCUAUAACCAGGUCCCCCUGUCUUUCUUAUUCCCAGAGUUCCAGCUUGGGAACUGUGAGACGGGUUUGAGUUUUCUAAGCCAGCUCGGUCUUGAAGAACACAUCAUAAUCAAAAACAAGGGUCAGCACGAUGAGUAUGCCCUCCUUAAUACCAAGAGUUGUAGAUUUUCCAUCAUACAGCAGUACGAAAAGGCAAAAAGAGUCGAUAUAAAGGGCCAAAUAUAG